AUGAGGCCUCUUCCGUUGCAAGGUCCACCUGGAAUAUCACGCUACGACCAUCUGAAUCCACCGUGCAACAAAGCUCAAGCUCAUCCUCCACCAAAUGAGUUUAGCCCAACUUUUCGUCAUCUCCCAAAGAACAUCGUCCCAAAAAGGCCUCUUCCGUUGCAAGGUCCACCGGGAAUUUCACGCGACGAGCAUCUGAAUCAACCACCAAAUGAGACCAUCAUCCCAAAAAGGCCUCGUUCGUUGCCACAGGAGGCGUGGCAAGGUCCACCCGGAAUACCACGCAACGAGCAUCUGAAUCCACCAAACGAGCUGCCAUUUUCAAGAGGAAAUCCAUCUUCGAGGCCCAAUCCGUUUCUCCCAAAGACCAUCGUCUCAACAGGGCCUCAUUCAUUCUUGAAGAGGAAAGCUACAACGCCCAAGAAGCCUGCCACACCACCACCUCCUCCCAGCAAGAUGAGCAAGCCCGCGGAGAAUUUGGUCUGCGAUCUCUGCAAGGCCAGCUGCUCGAGCGCCUUAGUAAUGCAGCAGCAUUUGAGAGGGCGGAAGCACAAGGCCAAGAUUAGCUUCAUGAAAAGGAAGAGGGAAUCCAACACCACCACUGUCUCGAAAACUAGAUGUGACCUCUGCGAAAUCUGGUGCAGCGACGCUGGUGCAUUGCAGAUGCACUUCAAGGGGCAGAAGCACACGGCCAAGGUGCAAGAGCUGCAGCUGUGCAAGGAGAGGGGCGGGCACAAAUCCUCGAAAGCGCCUAUAGUCUGUGAGGUGUGCAGAGUUCCUUGCAUGAACCAAGACGCGUUCGAGCAGCACCUCAAGGGCAGGCAACACGGCGUUAAGCAAGACCUCAAGCGCCGCAGACUCCUUUGA